UUUUUAAAAGAAAAAAUUUUUUUUUAAAUUAUAUAGAGUAAAUUGUAUUUGUAUAUGUUUUUUUAAAGAGGAGUAUAAAUACAAAAGCAAACUUUAUUUAUUUCUAAUAGAAGUAAAAACAAAAAAAAUAAACCUGAACGAGAGAAGUAUGAAGAGUGUAGUAUUUUUAGUUGGAAUUGUUCUUUUGCAAAUCAAUAAUAUUAAAUGUGAUGUUAAUGUUUCACAAUGUGCUUCUGAUCUUUUGAUUCCAGAAGAAAAGUUACAAGAAUUAAAACAAAAACAAUGGUCUCUUUAUUGUCGUCAAGUAAUAGCGUACAAGAAUAAAAAUAUAAUUGAUGACAAUUUUAAUGUGAAUGAAGAAAAUUUGAAAGCUGCACUUCAAAAAAGAGUGACUGAUCCUGAUAAACUUGAGAGAUUAAUACAAUUAAGAAUGGAAUGUGCCUCUAAAAUAAAAGAUGUAAAAAAUCAAUGUGAAUUUGUUGGAGUUUGGAAUUCAUGUGUUCGAAAGGCAUAUAAGAGUGAUAAAAAGGAUACUGAAGAAAACGAUGAUGAAAAUCAAUAAAUAUAUAUAAUUCUUAAAAAAAAAUUUACAUAAUUAAAAUUCAACUAAAAAUUAAAAAUGGACUCUUUUUCAAUUUCCAAAAAUUGUUUUUUUCUAAAUGUUGAAUUUAUAUUUUUAAAAAAUAUUUUUUUUCAAUAUUAAUAUUUUUUCUCGAUUUUGCGAUCAUUCUAUUAUAUUUGGUUUCAAUACUAUUUUAAAAUAUUGUUACAUAAUUAUGAUUCUUUGAGAAU